AGAAUUUUUUUUCUUUUUUAAAUAUAUAUAAUUAGUAUUAGUAUGCCUAUAUAUAUUCUUCAAUUGAGAAUUUAGAGAGGGGAAAAAAAAAUUAAAAGAGAUAGAGAAGAAUGGUUUCGAGGGUUCACAAGAGAACAGGUUUUCAUAGGAACCUUCAACAUCUUCGCUCAAUCACUAAAUCCCAUGCGCUAUUUAAAACAUCAGUGAUAUUGGAUGCAUCAGAGUAUAUACGGAGUCUAAAGAAAAAGCUACAAGAAUCGGAUGAGCUAGCAGUUUGUUCUUCUUCAGUCCAAAAUUUCAUUGACCAUGGUCCCAUGCCUAUGCUUAAAGUUGAAGCACAAGAGGAUGGGUUCAUGAUAAGGGUGCUGAGUCAAAGGAAUUGCAAAGGGUUGUUGGUUUUCAUAUUGGAAGCGUUUGAAGAGCUUGGCCUUCAAGUGCUCCAGGCUAGGGUUUCUUAG